UGUUUGAGCCUGACUUCUCUGAUCUUCCCCUUCUUCCAUUGCCCCCUUCUUAUCACCUGAUAAGACAUAUCAUGUGGAGAUACUCUGCACAUGCACAGUUUGUUUUUUUUUUCUUGGGAGAGUACAUGUGAUCAGCACAGGGCCAAUCAGCACUGUCCGAACAGAGGUCAGGGCUUCUGCAUCCUCCUAGCGCAGAAGGAAAACUCCUCCUACAAGAUUUACCAGUGCUCUGCUGAACACUGAUAGAAGUCACAAGACUGCUCUAACUGCUAAGAAAAGGUAUUUAGACAUUUAUAUUUACUAA